AUGGCUGGACUCUCACUUCAAUCAACCCGCAAGAUGGUGUCGGGAUAUGAGAUCCCCGUGGUCGGCUUUGGUGUCUACCAGACACCCUCAGAUGUCACCGAGAGAGUGACGCUCAAAGCUCUCGAGUUGGGAUACCGUCAUGUGGAUAGUGCCAAAGUCUACGGCAAUGAGAGAGAAAGCGCUUCGGCCAUCCGCAAGUCAGGACUGGAUCGAUCCCAGAUCUUCUACACUAGCAAAGUUCCCCGCUCAUGCAUGGGUUACGAGAAAGCCAAGCAGGCUAUUGAAGAGAGCAUUGCGGCUGCCGAUCUCGGCUACAUUGACCUCUUGUUGAUCCACGCACCCUACGGUGGCAAAGAAGACCGCUUGGGUGCUUGGCGCGCUCUGGUCGAAGCCCAGAAGGCUGGCAAAAUCAGAUCAUUGGGUGUGUCUAACUUCGCCAUCCAACAUCUGGAGGAGCUGGAGGCAUACAUCCAGGCGGGCGGUGGCGGUCAGAUUUCCGUCGGCCAGUAUGAGAUCCACCCCUGGUGCCCUCGCGAGGAUGUUGCCGAAUGGUUGCAGAAGCGCAAUGUCAUUGUUGAGGCAUACUCGCCCCUUGUGCAAGCCACGCGCAUGAAGGAGACUGUUUUGCAGACUCUUGCUCAGAAGCACGGAAAGACUCCUGCUCAAAUCCUGGUUCGCUGGAGCUUACAGAAGGGAUAUGUGCCUUUGCCCAAGUCGGUGACCGAUUCGCGUAUUCAAGAGAAUGCGCAGGUCUUUGACUUUGUGCUUUCCGCGGAGGACAUGGCUAGUCUGAAGCUAAACUCGUAUGCGCCUGUGUGCUGGGACCCUGUCCGGGACUGCAAGAUCUAA